AUGUCUGCUUCGUCCGUGGCAGCUGUUGCCCGUGGAGCCGCGGCGCGUGGCUCGCAGCUGGAAGCGGCAGCACUGUCGCGUGUGGUGCAGCCAAGGCGGCUGUUCUUCGAUACCGCCCCAGGCUUGGAGCCGAUGCUACAGCGUGAGCUGCAGGCUUUGGGCAUACUCCGUGGCCGUGCAGAGCGUUAUCAUGGGGGGCUUUACAUAGAGGCCCCGGAGUCUUUGCUUUGGCGCGCAGCGCUGCAGAGCCGCCUGCUUCUAGGAGGACGGCUAGGUGUUGGGGAGCUUUUCCAUGCCGGGUACGAGUCGACGCUGGCGAACUAUGUAGCCGGCGUCCCCUGGCCUGACUACAUGUGGUUUGGAGCAGAGCCAGCAAAGCCGCCGCUCAAAGUCCACACGGAGAACUCGCGUCUGUACCACACUGAUGUCAUAGAACGUGCUGUUCUAAAUGGCAUCGAGCGACGCCGUCAGUUUUUCAUGAACCUGCGCCUUCAGCGGAACGAGGACGAGAUUUUCUACGGCAGACAGGACAAGGAGAGGCCAAGGCCAGAUUUGCCGACGCUUCACGUGGACUUGAAGAGGAACGAGUGCGACUUGAGCGUGGCGACUACUGCAGUACCUCAGUUACGUGCGUAUUCCCUAGCAGUGGAGGAGAAGGACGAGCAUCAGGAGGGCCGUGGAAGUGCAUGGACAUUGGGAGACUCUCACGCAGCUGCCUGCGUGUUGAAGUCCCAGUGUCUGGAGCUGCUCGAAGAGUGCGGCAAAGCGGAGCGUCACCUCUGUGUCUGGGAUCCCUUCUGUGGACGCGGCAAACUGCUCCUCGAGGCUUUGGGCCUGGCCUUGGGUGUGCCUCCGGCAAGCCCGGUCAUGCAGAUGCCAUUUCAAGAGUUUCCUAACUUUGACCAAGCUCGUUUCCGGGAGGUGGUGCGAUCGCUUGAAUUGUCUCCUUCCCCGCACAUCUCUAAGCUGGUGCUCGUCGGCAGCCACGCCGAUGCUGAUGUCAUACAUCUGGCAAACAGGAAUCUGCAGGCUUUUGCUCGUGCCCUUCCUCGGCCACGGUCGGGGCCUGCAUCGCUAAUCUGGCCAUUGCCCAGUGGCGACGUAGCUGAAAAAGAGGAUCCGAUGAGCAUCUCGAAACGGCGGCUACCAUGCUCUGUGACAUUCCAACACAAGGAUCCUGAGUCGAUGCUGGAGACCCUCCGUGGCCACCCCACCAUGAUUCUGACCAAUGUUCCCUAUGGAAACAAGGCUGAUGCUAAGAAAGACCGGCGUUUGUAUGCCCGCUUCGGCAAGAUGCUAAAGGCGGAGCAGGCGCACGGCUAUCUGAAAGGCAUUUAUUGCCUUUCUGCUCGCGAGGACUUCAAGCGAUUCUCUGGGCUAGACUGGCGAACAGAGCUGCGCUUUGAAUGCAGUGGUGUUCAAGUGGAGCUGCUGCGGUGGACCGGCCGCACGGCCUCGAUCCCGCGCGUGGAGAGGGAGAAGGGCCCAAAGCAGGUGCCAACGGAAACACACGAGGAGGUCUCGACAGCAAAUCCUGCAUCCUCUACUACUGCACUUGGCCGAAAGUCGAAGAGGAGGAUGGCGGCUUCAACUUCGCAUGGCGCAGUGGCAAUGCCACCUGCGAAGGCGAAGAGAACACGAGAUGAGCAUCAAAAAGAGAAUCGUUACGCCCACGAUUUGCAUGUGGAGAUGCUCCGAGCAGAGAGCCUGCCAGCCCUGCGAGGCAAGUACAAGCACGACAAUCCUUUCCUGGGAACAGGCAGUGCCUAUCGACGUGCUCCUGCUGGCGGGUUUGUCUGCGACGUGUCUGUUGCCGAGAAGCCGUGA